AUGCCAGUCGUCUCGCGUAUCGUCUCUAUCCCUCUCCGCAUCUGCGAAAUUGCCUUUGCAGCUAUCGUGGCUGGACUUAUCGGCCACUACCUUGCCUCUUUCGAUGAGAUUGACCCUUGGCCUGAAGCACGGUGGAUCUAUACCGAGGUGAUUGCCGGUCUCUCGAUGCUACUGGGCCUCAUAUGGCUCAUUCCUUUUAAGUCGGGGUUCUUCAGCUGGCCCCUCGACGUGCUCAUUUCCUUUGCUUGGUUUGCUGCAUUCGGUGUUCUCGUGGACGCUAUUCAUCACUUGCCAUGCGGUGGCUUUUGGAAUUGGCACUUGGGAAGUAACACGCUUUGUACGCGGUGGAGGACUGCAGAAGCUUUCAGUUUCUUGUCUGCUAUGUUUUGGCUGUUCUCUGCUCUUGUGGGCAUCUGGUUUACCUUUCGAUCUCGUGGUGACCGCACCGAGGGAACGACCGGCCGUCGCUGGGGUCGCUCUCGUGCGGCACCUGCCGCGGAAGCUUAA